CUGUCUAGCGUUCAUUCACUAUGAAGCGCGCCUAGUUGGAGGAGGCUCUCCGUACCCGGUCCCCCCUCUGCAUGCCCCAAACUUUCUAAUGAAACCCCCACACGCUUUUUGACGAACAUUAUUACUCUGUUGCGGCUGAAGAAGGCUUUCCGACUAAUUUAUCAGCAUUUUUUUUAUUGAGACGAUAACUCCAGAACAUGGACCCCAGUACCACAGAAGAGGGAAAUGAGGAGAAGCUGGUUAAAACUCCUCCGCCCAAGGUGAUCCUCAAACAUGGCGUGGAGCUGGAGGAAGAACAGGAGGAGCUGGCUGAGCAUCAGCCCCUGGAGCAGGAGGACCUGAACUUCGAGAGGUGGAAGCGCAGGCCCAUUCCCAAGAGGACGCUCCACCAGAAGAUCGCCGACCUUAAGAAGUACCUGUGGAAUGCAGAGACCAAGGAGUUCAUGGGCCGCUCUGGCAAGAGUUGGAGCCUCAUCCUGCUGUUCUAUGCUGCACUUUACACAUUUCUGGCAGCCAUGUUUGGCGGCUGCUUGUUUUGUCUCAUGUGGUCCAUCAGCCCCUACCAUCCCACCUACAACGACAGAGUGAUGCCACCAGGUCUGACGAUGGCCCCGCACCUAGAGGGCCACGAUAUCGCCUUCAAUGCGUCGGACCGCAAGUCCUGGAAGAAGUACGCCCGGUCCAUGGAAGAAUACCUAAGACCGUAUAAUGACGCCGUUCAGGACAGGAAGAAUAUUCGUUGCCCACAUGAGUCGUACUUCAUGCAGGACGACCUGGAGGAGAGCGCGGAGCGGAAAGCGUGUCAGUUCAAGCGGUCCUGGUUGGGGGACUGUUCAGGGCUGAAGGACCCCCACUAUGGCUAUUCUCAGGGAAAGCCAUGCAUCCUGCUUCGAAUGAACCGGAUUCUCGGUUACCUACCUGGCCAGGGUAAACCAAUAAAUGUCACUUGUGGCGUUAAGAGAGGACCUCCGGAAGCACUAGGAGAUAUCCAGUUUUUCCCUAAAAGCAUUUUCGACAUGAAUUACUACCCUUACUACGGGAAGCUCCGGCACGUGAACUACUCCUCGCCGGUGGUGGCCGUCCGUUUCGUGGGGGUGCAGCAGGACGCCCACAUCCACGUGCAAUGCAAACUGAACGGAAAGGGGAUCAUUAACGACUCGGUCACCGACCGCUACCUGGGCAGCGUGACCUUCACCCUGGAGGUCGGGGCGUGAGGCAAAGACAUUGCUGCCGACGGGAUGCUCCCGUGACAGAGGCAGGAAAACGUGUACAAGAGAAGAAAUAUUUGAAACCCCCCCCCCCCAACCCCUUUUUUUUCUUAAAUUACAGGACUGUCUCAGAAAAUUAGAAUAUUGUGAUAA